AUUUAUCAAAUUACAGAACACAAAAACCCUUCGCUUCGUUUCUCCUCACUCACCAAUCGCACAUUGUGAACACAGAGACUCACAUUCUCGUGUGCAAGAUGAAGGUGAUCGCAGCCUACUUGCUCGCCGUGUUGGGAGGUAACACAGCCCCUUCUGCCGACGACUUGAAGAGCAUCCUUAGCUCCGUUGGAGCUGAUGCGGAUGAUGAGAAACUCAGUUUUCUCUUGUCUGAAGUGAAGGGUAAGGAUCUCGCUGAGGUUAUUGCCUCCGGUAGGGAGAAGUUAUCCUCAGUUCCUUGCGGUGGUGGUGUUGCCGUUGCUGUGUCUGCUGCUCCGGGAGGUGGCGGUGGUGGUGCUGCUCCAGCUGCAGCUGAAUCGAAGAAAGAGGAAAAGGUGGAGGAGAAGGAGGAAUCAGAUGAUGACAUGGGUUUCAGUCUCUUUGAUUAGAUGGUAGGCUGUUCGAACAUUUCUUCGGAAUACAUUCUCAAUCUAGAGCUACUUAGUCUUUUUCAUUUCUUGGUUAAUGUUGUGACAAUGAUCAAUGUGGUUGAAAGAAUUUUGUUAAAUAUUGUUUGCAUUCAUCAAGUUAUGAAGAUUUUUCAAUUUGAUCACCA